UGAGAAUUAUAAGCCACAAGCCAAACCGGCCAGCCGCCAACAUCAGCUCAGUCGCUUUCCGGUCGGCAUUUUAUAAAUACUGCAAGCACGAAACCAAACUCAUAGUAGAAUAUAGAUAUAGCUGAGCAAACAAUUAUCACAUAAUCCGGGGAUUUUAAGUGCAGUGAAUUUCACCGAAAUAAAAUAAUUAAUUAAAAUCGUGCAGCAUACGAAAAUUCACAAUUGUUCGAUUAAUCGGAGUGUGGUUUCAAGCUUUAAGUAUAUCAAAUCAGAUUAUUAAUCAAGUUUAAAGUGUACGCGAGUAGGACUCGAAGAUGGGAUGAAAUAAUAUCUUCGCUUGUCUUCAUUACCGUCAUUAUUAUAAUUGAAAGUUAUUUUUUCGAGAUGCGUUGCACUGCUUCAUAUAAAGCCUAGGGUGCUAUUUGUGAUUUUGCAUCGUGAAAGUGUAAUGCAGGUGGGCGAGUAUUUAGAAUUGACGAAAAUCACAGAAAUCUGAUGAAACAAUCCAUCCGGUGUACGGAUCACAAUUCACGAAGUGCAGAAACUCAAAAUAUAUAAUAAAAAAGAAUAUCAUACGUACUUGACGCGGAUCGACGCAAAAUCCAAGGUCGGAUUAGAGUAAAAAUAUUAUUUAUCAUAUCUGGACGAAUUACUACACCCUGAGAUCAUGAGUCUGAUGAAAAAAGCUAUCGGGGGAUCGAUUCACAGGAUACGAGAAUUUGAACUUGAAAAGGUGAACUUGGGCGAUGAAUUUGAUAUACUUCAAAUCGUGGGCGAGGGAUGGUUCGGUAAAAUUCUACUUACGGAGCACAGAAGUACACAAACUGAAAUGGUACUAAAAGCACUUCCAAAACCGUAUACAAGUAUAUCGGAUUUCUACAGAGAAUUUCACUACGGUCUUCAUCUAUCAGCGCAUAGGAAUAUAAUAACAACUUACGAUGUCGCCUUCGAAACUGCUGGUUUUUUUGUAUUCAGCCAGGAAUACGCGCCCCUAGGCGACCUCACAUCCAACGUUACCGAAACUGGCCUGGGCGAACUUCACGCAAAAAGAGUUGCGAGACAACUAGCAGCAGCGGUUCACCACAUUCACAGCAGGGAACUGGUGCACAGGGAUAUAAAACUUGACAAUAUCCUUGUCUUCAAAAGUGAUUUCUCUCGAAUAAAACUAUGCGAUUUUGGCGAGACUCGAAGGGUGAACACAGUUGUCAGAAGACACAACGAAUGGCUACCUUAUUCACCACCGGAAGUCCUCCAGAUCGAUACCGACGAAGCCUACAAGGCUCUAACUGCUCACGACGUUUGGCAGUUUGGAAUUGUUAUUUUCGUCUGUCUUACUGGAUGUUUACCCUGGCAAAAAGCGGCCACGGAUGAUCCGAGGUACGCAAGGUACCUUAACUGGCAUUCGGCGACGCUGAAUAUCGCCAAAAAACCUAAACUUUUUCAGCUCAUCACCUCCAGAGCCCAGAGAAUGUUCAAAAGACUGUUAGACCCUAAGCAAGAAAAACGACCAGUUACCGUCUUUGAAGUAAAUAAAUACCUCGACGAUAGAUGGUUGGCGAAACUCGGGGCUGAAAAAGCCUUGAACGGUGGCGCCGACGAAAGAGAUGAGCUCUGUCCUUCGAUGUACAGCUUCCACAGUUCGUUGGAAGAGAAGAACCAACUGCUUUUUACCUUGACUCAGUAUGGUAUCGAAACAACGGUGGAUCGAUCGCGUAAAAAAGAUCGUAUUCGCGAAUGGAUACAGUCGAGCGCGAUAAGAGAGGAGAACGAGGACGAGGAAGAAGAAGAGGAAAAAAAUGAGGGAACAGAGGAGGAAAAUUUUUCCGAUAACGCCGAACCUUUGAACAUGCGGGGAAAGCAUUUUCCCGAGCGAAGGGAGAGCGCGAAGUUGACUACGGCUGGGGAAAGAAGUUCAUCGAAUUCGAAAAAAUCACACGAUCAUAAAAUUCCUGAGUACGUGAAAAAGCCCGGAUACGCUACGCCGAAACCGAUCGAACGCAGGAAUCCUUUCGCGCCUAAGGUGGCAAAGGAACGUCACGCAAUAGCCAAAAGUGCCAAUUUUCCAAACGGUGAUCCGAAUCUGGCUGUCAAAUUGAUAGCACCGGAUAACUACCGGCUUCCGGAGGUAACCGAUCUGCAGAAGGCGCACAAUAUUCCUCAGGGAUAUUCAGGUUUUGGUGUUCUCGAUCAUUACGACAAUAACAAUCGUCAGAAUUCUGGACAAAAUCAAGCCCAAAACGGUUCCGGAGAAUCGAGUGCACGUCAAAGCCCGUCGAAAUCAAGUCCUAGUCGGUCUAAUUCUGGAAACCGGAAGUCAAAAAGCCAACGAAAAUCUUCCAACACAGAAAAAUUGUCCAACGGUCAUCGAUCUUCACCCAGUCGGAAUUCGAAGACCGGCAACGUGCAGAGUCCAAAUAAUUCCUUAGUAAGUACGUCUACUAAUAUGGGAAACGGCUACACGAUUUCUCCGGAAAUGGCCAGUGGCCAGAAUAAUCCAGAUUCAGGAAAUAUCGAAACGUCAAAUUUCAAGCCAAAAAGUCCCCAAGUUCCUAUGAGGAAACACAGAUCCCAAACAGCCACACUUCCGGUACUCCAGCCAACCGAUGCCGGUAUAAACCUGAAAUCCAGGAGAAGCCAGACGACUGUGUUGCCAGCAAUGCCGAGUCCAGUUCCAGUUCAAAUUCCUGUAUCAGUUCCAGGGACGGUCGUCAAUUCUUUAACAAUGUCUGUAGCAUCUCAGUUGGUCAUGCAGAGUUUCAAUUCCCUCCAAGCUAUGAACGUUGCCUUACCGGUCCAGAAUAUUCCUCAAGGACUCGGAGAUCACGUUGCAGAUAAUAAAGAAAUUCAGACUCACCAGCGGACCAAUCCAACUGCGGCUGCGAGUGACCUUCAUCGACAGAUGAUGAUCACAAAUGUUGAAAUUCCAGCCGGGGGAGGAACCGUCAGAAACUAUGGUAAAGACGUCUAUGAGCAUUAUUACAACGGGAUAGCGCCACUGAUUAAUAAACCUGUUUCUAAUUUGGAAACUGCUCAUAAUGCGCCCAAUCCAGCAGCAGUUAACGCCAGACACAGAGGAUCGAAUUCGGGGAGCGGAAGCAGAUCUGUUAGCAAUUAAUCAUUUUUUCUUCCGUUCCUUUUUUUUUUUUUUUAUCGCUCCUGCAAAUUACGAUAUAUAGGGUUCAUUUUGUAAUACGAGAAGAAAAUUUUUAUCCUAUCAUCAUAUUAGACAACGAUUAUUUAUUUACCAUGUUACAUAAUUAUAUAUAAUACGAUAUGUAAAAUAUGCAAUUAUAACGGAAUGUACAAUUAUGUAUUUAUGUAUAAACUGUAUGAUAUUUUGUGAAAA